UAGCAAGCCACGCGACCUUAACUUGUCGGAGAAGGAGAAGGGGAAAGGAGCAACAGCCAUAUUCUCUCGGCCAUUGUUUAGAACUGCUAUCACAAGUCACUGAUAGCUGAACAGUCCCCGACAAUUCUACAGAAGAUGCGCGCCACCCUUCGACGCUGUCUUACCCCACAUCCUAUCCUCCUCGCCAACGCCAACGCCAACAAAAGGUACUCGCCCAAGGCUAUGGGUGCUAUACGAACCAGCGAUUUGCAUCAUGACCUCGAGUCAUUUCUCAAAUAUGCAGAAGUGAUCGCAUUACCAACCCAUACCACUGUAUAUGUUGGGACGCUCUAUGAGUACGUUCCUAGUCUUAGCUUCACUUUUUUUUCAUAUGCAUGAAUAGAACGGGACCUAACGGUUAAAUUGAUUGAAGAUACACUGUGAAAGAAGCCCUCAAGUCAUUUGGCAUCUCACUAGAGCGGACCGGAGGAAGAGACGAUAGAGGCGUGGACCUGCGCGGUACCUGGACAGUCCCGAAUCUACCAUCCGAGCAAUCCCAAAAACCCAGAGUCUAUGAUGCCCUGGUACAGUGCAAAUGCACAAAGGUUGCCCCCGCUGCUAUCCGCGAGCUCGACGGCGCAGCUUCAUUGAAGAAGCCGGAAACCAUUGGCAUCCUGGCUGCGCCAAAGCAUUGCUCGCCGGGUAUACGGAAACACAUGGCCAUGUCACCCCGGCCCUUAAUGUAUCUUUGCCUUAGGAAAGAAAGGAGAAUUGUGGAGCAGAUAAUCUGGAAUGCGCCAGCCUCUGUGCUCCUUCCAGGUGUGGGAGUCAGGGCUAUUCACAUAAAGGGCCGGGUCGAGAUAGUCCUCACAAUUCAUGGACACGAAUUUCGUAGUCUUCUUUCUCAAAACCUACCUGAAAAGGAGACAGUCAAGGGAGCCAAAAAUGGGGGGGAGAAAGAGGAGGCACCUAUAGUCCACAGUGGCAGCGGUGAUACAACUUCCGAUAUCGCUAAUGUGGAGUACGGUAAGGGUAAUAUAUAGUGAGGUUUGCUCACUGCUCGAGAGUAAGGAAAGAAAGAAGGAGGUGAUCAAUCAAUCCAAAAAGCUUAUGAAUACCCAGACUCGGCUUUAUCUUGGGCGACUCAUACUAUCAACAGCUAUGUUGUGAGAUCUCGAUCUUGUGCACAAGGGCACCUCUGACCGGUAUCUGCGGUUGCGACCUCUGAGAUAUGCCAACGUCAAGUGUAUGGACUCAGCACGAUGCUUCUCCUCUUCCCUGACUGAGGCACGAUGGUUCGCCAACUCACUCAGUCACCAAGUGGGUCCAAGAUUAAAGCGCGUCUUGAGUACUUCGAACUACUCGGGUACUUGGGUACUCUAUGCAUUCGGCGGCGGUGCCACACGUUGGCUAGUUGCAGAUUUUUAAUCAUGAAGCCACCAGCCACCUUAUUGCUGACCGCCACACCAAUCCGGACAGGGCCUCACAUAAACCCUUCGACCCACCGCAAGAUGCUGCAAGUGCUAUUGAUCAUGGCACAAGAUUUUACGGGAUGAGGGUGCGGGCAAGCGAAAUCUCGAUGUUUCGCAAAAAAAAAAAAAACAAGCGAUAGAAGGCCGAGUACAGAAAACUUCCAGAGCCGACGCCAGAGUGAAAAAGUGCACGAGUGAGUUUCCAUGAUGGAACCGAUAUAUCAGUCAGGGCUGUCAGGAGCCUAAACGCCAAACCUGAAGCCCAUAUCAACUGCUCCCCCUCACCCCAUGGGAUGCGAAACCCCGAAUAAAAAUGGCUGCCCUACCCAACUCCACUCACGAAACACCGUCACAAUUGUAUUCCCUCUCACCAUUCCAUAGCUCCCAUCACUUCAUCUUCCCCGCAAUAUAACCACCCCCUCACCUCUCUAUCACCACCACUACACUUCACCACACCACACCACACAACACCACACAACACCACAUCCAAACCCAAACCAACAACCAUGUUCUACAGAUCCACCGAAAGCGUCACCAUCCGCCUCCCCCCUAGACACUUUCACUGCUACUACAUGCGCGCCCUCUUGGACAUCCUCUACUCCUACGAGGGCAAGACCAGCACAAACAACAGCACUCUGAUCGCCGUCACCCAAAUCUUCAACGUCUCCGGCGGGCGCAUCCCCCCAUCCGGCAACGACAUCUUCAGCGACGGCGGAGCCGACUUCACUAUCGCCUUUGAGGCGCUCAUGUUCCACGCCUUUCCGGGAGAGGUCAUGUUCGGCACUGUUAUCGGGAUGAGCCCCUUUGGGAUCUUCCUUACGUGUGGUGCUGCUAUGCAGGUUUUUGUUGGCGUGGCGCUUUGUGCGGAGGGGAUCACCUGGGAUGGGAGGAAGGAGACUAAGAGUCAGGAGUUGAAGAGGUUGUUGAAGGAGAAGGAGGGCAAGGAGGGGGAUGAGGAAGAAGGAGGGAGAGGGAGAGGAAAAGGUAUCAUGAUUGGCGAUGGGGUAUUGGUCAAGAUAGCCGCGGUCAGUAGGCAGGGCGAUAAGUUGCAGGGCGUUGGGGACAUGAGUGGGGAUUAUACUGGGUUUGCAUCCCGUCCUUAUUCCCUAGCCUCCUUUACUUCUACUGCCUGAUACUAUCCCAUCGAGACGUGCAACUUACCAGUGGCUAAUGGGGGAACCACCCUUGCUACUACAACAGGCCAUUUUAAUCCCAACCCGAACCCCGGACUGGAAAGGAAAGGAAAGGGAAGGGAGGGAAAGGAAAGGCAAAUGAAUAAAUAAAAUAAAUAACUUGGCUUAUUUCAAUCCCCUCCUCGAAUCGCUGGUAUUACCCGCCCCGCUAUAUAUACAUUACCUUAUCUCAGCCUGUAUCAAAAAAUAAAUAACUGCCAAAGCAAGCUAUGUACGAUACGCGGCACUCACACACUCGCCCCCCCCCCGCACAUUCAUGAUAAAUAGAUAAAUAAAAACAUA